AAAUCAACAGUCAAUAUGAAAGUCAGUUACUUUUUAAUCGCGUUGUGCACGUUGUGCCAAACUUAUUUUUCUGCUGCUGAGCAGUCCUAUUCGUCCUGCAAUGGGGCUAACCAAGGGAUAAGCGGAGUUCAGACAAUUAAACUGGGCAACGACACCUUGGAGGUAUAUUGCGAGACCCCGAGAAUGGGUAAAAGUGGCUGGGUGGUCAUCCAGAGAAGAGUCAGUGCCGAAGAGAACUUUUAUCGCAAUUGGACCACAUAUGAGAAUGGAUUUGGCGACAUAAACAAAAACUUUUUCAUUGGACUGAAAACCUUAAACCAAAUGACCAAAUUGAAGCCGCAUGAACUUUAUGUUUAUGUGGAGAACUUUAAUGGGAAAUCAGCAUUUGCCUACUACGAUUCCUUCAGUGUAGGGGAUGCAAGCUCCAAGUAUAAGCUCCAGGUAGGGACCUAUUACGGUACUGCCGGGAAUAAUCUAAAGGGGCACAACAAUAUGAUGUUUAGUACCUACGACAGGGAUAACGAUAGAAGCACAGAAAAUUGUGCAGCCAAGUUCACAGGUGCAUGGUGGUACAACCAAUGCUACGACAGCAAUCUAAACGGUGCCUAUCUCGGAAAUGGUCAAUUCGGAAAUAAAUGGGGAGAUUUUUUGUAUGGUUCUGGCAUAGUUUGGAAAGGAUUUCAAGACUUUACUUUCAGCCUUAAAACGGUUUAUAUGAUGGUGAGGCCUACGUCCUAAAUAAUAUCAAUUGAUUAAAAUCAGGCAGAAAAAUUAUUUAAGUUUAAAAACUGUUAGCGAAGCAAAUGCUGUUAGUGAAAACAUUGCUGCCAUUCCACAAAUUGAUCCCCGUGUAGCUAUUCAAUCGUUUUCUAACACUAAUAAACAUGUAUUAAAUAUUGUGGCCUUAUUAAAAAAUAUUUGUAAAAUAAAAUAUUAAGAGUA